AUGGAGUCCCAAAUCACCCUCGUCGAUGCCAAACCAACCAUUUUAACCUUCUACCCAAAUAGCAUGGUGUCCGCGACCGUCUCUGCGCUCUACACAAUCACGACGAACUCGCUCGACUGCACGACUAUCACGCACGCCCAGACGGGCGCCAUCGCAGCAAAGAUCACGCGGCGUCUGCUGCUCCCGGACAGCGUGUCGUUUGCCGGCCCGGACGGAAAGCUAGAGGCGGUUCGGAUGGGCAAGUGGAUGCGCGACGCCAAACCGCAGACGCCGGGCGGCCGCUCAGGACACAUCCUCGAGACAAACACGGGGCUGCGCUGUUUCAUCUGCACCCACGUCGAGCACCGCGUUGCACUCUUCCACGAAGGGGACCCGUCAGAUGCGAAGCCGCUCGCGCGCUGGCGGCUAGCCGACCCCGAGGCACCGCUCAGCGGCGUGGCGCUCGUGCUCGACGGCGUCCCCGCCGACUUCCAGCUGCACGUGCUCGUCGCGUUCAUCAUCCUCGAGCACCGCAUGCGGGCGGACGAGAAGUGGAGUCUGACGGCCGAGGCACGUGUCACGCAGGACGGGUAUAACUACGGCGCGCGUACGCAUGGGACAGGGCAGUACAUGGAAUGA